GCUGUUGCCAGCGAACGACUGAGCGGACUCGGACAUUGAAAGCAUGGGUCUCGGGCAUUAACUCAACGGCAGAAACAAAACACAAAGAAACCCCCCUUCUUGGGCAGUGGGCGUUUUGGGGUUUGCAGCUAGAGCCAACAGCGUUCCUUUUUAAGCCCAUAUGUUCAAGGGCGAAGCUCACACGAGCUGGUGGAGAUCCGAUAUCCACAUCACGUUACGUUACAGCUAGGACAAAGUCAAGAUGGUGCAAUUGGCGAUUUCUUCUUUUAAGGUGUCAAGCUGGUCUGGGUUGUAAAUUUUGGCUGGGGUGAUGGACGGAGGGGGAGGAGGAGGUGGCCUGUCGUCCGGGCAACAGGAUGGGCUGCUCUCGGCCAAUAGCGAGUCUUCAGGCGCUCAUGCAAAACACCUGAACGAUGACACGGAGCGUAGCUGCAGUCCCUCAGUGCUGAGCUCGGUGCGGAGCAGCUGGAAGGAGGGGCUCCUGAGCAGGAAGAGGCCCUUUGUAGGCAGAUGCUGCCACGCCUGCACACCACAGAGCAAGGAGAGAUACUUCAACGCAAGUAUUCCAUCUCUUGGACUCCGUAAUGUGAUCUACAUCAAUGAAACGCACACAAGGCAUCGCGGUUGGCUGGCUCGGCGAAUCAGCUACAUGCUGUUUGUGCUGGAGCGCGACGUGCAGAGGGACAUGUUCGCACGCAACGUGGUGGAGAAUGUGCUCAAAAACAGCAGGGUGGAGAGUGCCAUCGCGGAGGUGGCUCUGGGAGGAGGCGAGGGGGCGGAGAGGGGCGGGGAGGAGGCGGACCUGAAGGCCCAGCAGAAGGUCCAGAGGAAGGCCCGGAACCUUCUACAGGAGAUGGUGGGCAACAUCUCACCUGGACUCAUCAGGCUGACGGGCUGGGUGCUGCUGAAGCUCUUCAAUGGCUUCUUCUGGAGUAUCCAGAUCCACAAGGGCCAGCUGGAGAUGGUCAAGAGGGCUGCAGAGAACAACGUGCCGCUGGUGUUCCUGCCGGUCCACAAGUCCCAUAUUGACUACCUGCUCAUCACCUUCAUCCUCUUCUGCCACAACAUCAAAGCCCCACACAUCGCCGCCGGCAACAACCUCAACAUUCCCAUCUUCAGCACUCUGAUCCGUAAGCUGGGUGGCUUCUUCAUCCGACGGCGUCUGGACGAGACCUCAGAUGGGAAGAAGGACGUGCUGUACCGCUCCCUACUGCACGCCUACACAGAGGAGUUGCUUCGUCAGCAGCAGUUCCUGGAGGUGUACCUGGAGGGCACGCGCUCCCGUAGCGGCAAGCCGUCUCCCGCCCGCGCCGGAAUGCUGUCCAUCGUCGUGGAUACGCUCUGCACCAGCAACAUCCCCGACGUGCUCAUCGUGCCCGUGGGGAUCUCCUACGACCGCAUCAUCGAAGGAAACUACAACAGCGAACAACUGGGUAAGCCCAAGAAGAAUGAGAGUCUGUGGGGCGUGGCCUGUGGGGUGUUCAGAAUGCUGAGGAAGAACUACGGGUGCGUCCGUGUGGACUUCACCCAGCCCUUCUCUCUCAAAGAGUAUCUUGGUACUCAGCGAUGUCGUCACCUGCCGGCUCCCCUCACCCUAGAGCAGAUCCUCCUGCCCACCAUCAUCGAUGCCCAUGAGAAUGGACAUGACCUCCUAGCAGAUUUAACCAGCAUUUGGCCAGACGAGUCGCUGUUUCGAGAGGAAGAGCAGCCAGUGUCCAGAGACCUGCAGGACGAGGGCUGGAGGCGGCAGGUGAUUGCCAACCUGGCCAGGCACGUCCUCUACACGGCCAAUAAGUCAUCUGCGAUCAUGUCCACACACAUCGUGGCCUGCCUGCUGUUGUACAGGCAUAGACAGGGUGUGUGUCUGUCCAAGCUGGUGGAGGACUUCUUCACUAUGAAGGAGGAGGUGCUGUCUCGUGACGUGGACCUGGGCUUCUCGGGCAGCUCUGAGGACGUGGUGAUGCACGCGCUCCAUCUCCUUGGCAACUGCGUGGCGCUCCGCAGCUCCGGUCGCCAUAGCGACGUCAUCAUCUCGGCCCGAGACAGCGUGCACGCCCUCUUCGAGCUCAACUUCUACAGCAACGGCCUGUUUCACGUCUUCAUAUCCGACGCCAUUAUAGCGUGUUGUGUGUUGGCGAUGCUUCGUGAGCAGGCAGCGGAAGCCUCCGGAAGCGAGCACGGCGGCUCCACCCUGCUGAGCCAGGAGCGUCUGAUUCGCAAGGCAGCUGGUCUGUCACACUUCCUGUCCAAUGAGGUGGCCGUGGCACAGCCGUGCCAGACUCCGUACCAAGUCUUCCAGGAGGCCGUCACUCGCCUCAUGCAGUACGGAGUCUUACUCGUCGCAGAGGAGGAUCAGGAGGAGCUGAGUCCGAGCCCCACAGAGGAGGCGUGGCCUAAGCCCUUCCCGCCCUCGCUGUCAUGGCGGAACGAGGAGGAGGACGAGGACAGCGACUUUGGAGAGGAGCAGCGAGACCGCUACCUGAAGGUGAGCACGGCGGCGGAGCAGCAGGAGUUCUUCCUGUUCCUGCAGCAGCUGCUGUCCCCGGUGCUGGAGGCCUACAGCGGGGCGGCCAUCUUCAUCCACAGCCUGGCACAGCCCGUCACCGAGAGCCACUACACACACAUGCUCUUCAAGUACCUGCUCGCACGCGCAGAGAAGGGCAUCGCUGUCUACGGGGAGAGUGCAACACAUUACCUAGUGAAGAACACAAUCAAGACUUUUAAGGAGCUUGGGGUGCUAAAGGAGAGGCGUGAGAAUAAGGUGGUCUACCUGGAGCUGAGCAGCACCUUCCUACCUCAGGCCAACCGCAACAAACUACUGCAUUAUAUCCAGGGCUUCAGCCUGCUCUAGACACACCAUCACACACACUCACACACACACACACACACACACACACACACACACACACACACACACACACACACACACACACACACACACACACACACACACACACACACACACACACACACACACACACACACAGAAAUCACGACAGCCCGCACACACACAC